GACCUCCGUCGCCGUCGAAGCUCUCCCCUCUCGAUUCUCAUCAGUUCGAGAAGCAAGUCGCAGUCUCGCUGCUAUGGCACUAUCUGAAGAAAAGAGAGUACUAUUGCGAUUGUCGUGUUGGUGGAUGAGCAUGGCUGAGGCAGUGUGUAGGUUUUAUUUUUGCGCGUGCAUAGCUAUCUUGUUAAGGAGGCGACGACGAAGACGGGGUCUAAUUGAGCAGGCUCCAUCAAAUGCAAGUUCAGGGCUCAGAAAGCGAAAGCGAAAGCGAAGCAGUGUUGAUGGUGAUGACUUGCUACUCAAAGGCAUGGAGAAGAUUGCUCAUACAUUAAUUGAAAGCCUCAAGGAGGCAAGUGAGCGUCUGGGAAUGCAUAUAGGUAGGGUUGAACGUGAGAAGCGCAUGGAUGCCAUGAAGGAGUCUCUCUUUGUUGAUCUUAUGAAGGUUGAAGGACUUUCCCACCAAGAGCGUGUUUCAGCUUAUGUCAAGAUGAUUUCUGAUGAGAGCAUGCUGAUUGGAUUUUAUGCCAUACCUCAAGAGGCAAAAACCGAUGUGAUCCGCUAUUAUUUGUGUGACUGAAUAUAUUGAUGUGUGAUUUUUUGUCAGAUAUAGGGAAUAUCUUACUUGGGUGCUUCGA